CUGUGGUUGUGAAUCAGUUGAAUUUGUUUGACGCAUGUAUUGACAGCUGUUAUUCAAUACUCGAUUCGAUCGAACAAAAAUAAUUAAAUAAUAUUAAUUUUCUCAUAAUGUUUAAGUGAAAAGUGACUGAAAAUCGAAAUCAAAACAAAACAUAUACAUGUGCAAGUGCUUAAUCGUCAAACAGACCCUAGGAGCCCUACAAUAGAAACAAAAUACGUACUGAAGAGUAUUAGAAAAUUUUAGUUUAUUAAUUGAACCGUAGUGUUUUACGGUGACAAUGGAUGCGACAGGGUCUAUUAAUACUGACGCUAUAGAGAGUAUUGAAAACGAGGAGGAAGUUAUUGACGAUUCUGAAGAGCGAGAGCUGGUGACUGACUCAUGUUCCACGAAGGUAUUGGACGCUGGCGAGCAGCCUAGAGACAACUACUGCAUUGUGUACAUACUGUUCUACCUAUUCGGAGUAACAUCACUAGUGCCCUGGAAUUUUUUGAUCACCGCCAAUGAUUAUUGGAUGUACAAGUUCCGAGAUGUCACACCAAAUAAUCUCACAAUGGUGGUUCGGAAGACACCAUUUCAAGCCGAGUUCACUUCGUACCUCAACGUGGCAACGGCCAUUCCUAAUUUAUUGUUCCUCAUACUGAACUCCUUGUAUGGGCACUUAGUGCCAUUAAAGGCAAGACUACAAGGCUCACUGAUUAUAGUGACAGUAUGCUUCCUGGUGACGACUACAUUUGUGCAGAUCAACACGGAUGAAUGGCAGAACACGUUCUUCAUCAUCACCAUUGUAUCUGUCGUUAUUAUGACUGCUGCCAGCGCAGUCUUCAUUGGAGGCCUAGUAGGAAUCGCGAGCCGAUUCUCCAAAGAAUACAUGGCUGCCGUAGUCAGUGGCCAAUCUCUAGGCGGGAUCAUAGCUGCAGUCGCCCAAAUCAUAUCCCUGGCCUUCAAAAUAUCACCCUUACACAGUGCUUUAAUAUACUUCGUCAUUGCUGACAUAAUGGUCGUGACGUCGUUGAUAUCCUACGCCUUAUUAUACAAGAUUGACUUCUUUACAUAUCAUAUUCUUCGUGGGUCGGGUGGUAUAGCGGCUAACAGACAUAGGGAGGUGUAUAUGACGUUGGUGAUCAAGAAAGUAUGGGUGUACGCGUUUAGUAUCUUCGCUGUGUUCGCGAUAAGUAUGGCGGUGUACCCCGCUGUUACUGUGCUGGUGGAGUCCCAUCCCGCUACGGCUGGCACUGAUUGGAAUAACAUAUUCUUCGUUCCCGUGGUGAACUAUUUAAUCUUCAACUGCGGAGACUAUGCUGGACGAUUGGUAGCCGGAUUCCUGUUACGACCCACAAAUCAAUGGAUAAUCGCCUUCGCCUCUGUCCUACGUGUGAUCGGGGUUCCAAUGCUGAUGCUUUGUAACGCGCAGCCUCGCAAGCAUCUCCCCGUGGUGUUCAUGUGGGACUGGGAAUAUAUCAUCAUUAUGAUAGUCUUCGCAUUCACUAAUGGAUACCUCACUAAUAUCGUCAUGAUUAAUGCUACCAGGGUGGUAGAACUCCAUGAGCGUGAGAAGGCAUCAGGACUGAUCGCCACAAUGCUCAGCGUGGGACUAUGCGCCGGCGCCGCGGUAGGAAUGUUACUCGUACAUUUACUAUAAACGGCUUUUAUCCAGAUAUAGAAGAAAGGUAUGUACUCCGAUAUCAUUGGAAUUCAGUUUGAUAAACGGCUGUCAGAAAUAGGUCGUAAGAAAGGCUUAGAAACAGGAGAAUUCGAUUAUGCAAAGGCGUACAGAUACUUUAAGUACCUUUAUAUUAUUUUUUUUACUUAUUUGGAUGCAAUGUGCACAUACGUGCUUGCAAUGUCGUGAUUUUGUAGAAAUGUGAAGAUAUUAAACUGUCAGUCUUCCUACCUUUGCAAAUCAAUACAAUUCGCUAUAUGUUUCAUGAUUUUUGUAAGUACAUAUUAUGUACGUGAGAUAGUAAUUAUUCCGCGGGCGGCACUUGCUUCAAUACUAUUAAGACAUAUAUUACCUAUACUAUGACAUUCAUUCUCUGGACAUUUCACUAGUAAUUCAACAUUUAUUUUUAGAGCUUAAAGGCCUAUUCAGACCUAAGCGGUAUUCGCUACCACCUGCGGCAGAGGAAACCCAGUGGGUAUGCGAUAAUAUUACUGUUCAUGUUCGGGAUGUAUGCCGCUGCUCCCGCACGGUAUGUACUUCUACCCACAGCGGCAGUGAAUAUCGCUCAGCUUUGAAUAGGCCUUAAUUUGUACGCUAAAGCCCAAUUUCACCGACAACGUAAACGUCACUUAUCUUAAAUCAACUGCUUGCUAUGAUUUUUACGUUCAACAUUCAAAGUAAUCAGUUGUCUUAAGACUUUUAUGUUGUCCGUGAACAUGGCCCUUCGUUUUGUAAGUAGGUAGACAAUAUCUGACCAUAGUAUACUUAUCUGACAUUAAAUGCAAUUUACACCUGACAUUAACAUUCCUAUUAAUACUGCCUAGCUUUUAUGAGAAACUUAAUAUUAUUUAAUUUGAUUCGAUUAAUUAGUUAUUUGUAAUGAAUGUUAUUAUUGACUGUGACUUGCUUUUUAUGUGGAUUACCGCUUCGUGAAUAUGAAUCAUUAUAAUAUCGUUAUAUCAAAAUAUGUGGCUAAUUAUUUAACACAUUUCUGUAUAAACAAGUGGCUUUCUAUUAUCUUGUAUAGGUAUAAUAAAGAUUUAAAUGUAUGUCACAAAUGUGUGUUACAAAAUCAAGUAAAACUUUGAGAUAUCCAGUUAAAUAUUUGUAUAAACUCUAUUUUGGCUUACUAAAGUCUCAAACCCUGCAUAUUUACAGUGUACCCGUCUAAAGACACUUGUCUACGGUCGCCAUUAAAAAAAUGAAGUACAUUCAUUGUUUGAAAAAAAAAACAGUAAAUAAUAAUCAUUUGUGUUCGAUACAUUAUUAUUAUAACCAAUUCGAAUUUAUCAUUAUAUCUACUCAAAAAAAAUUGUAUGUUCGGUUAAGUUUAGCAAAUGUGUUAUACUAGAUCUCAUAUAGAUAUAACUGUAUACAUAUUAUAAGUAGUUAUGUAAAUACAGUCAAAUGUAUAUUGAAUUGUUUUUUUAUUAUAGUGAAUUAGCCAAUGUAUGUAUGUAUAAAUAAUUUUGACAUCAAGCUUUGUCGUACCAUCAUUUUAUUGUAAAAUAGUUUCGUACCUGAUUUUAAUUAUAAGAACCUUCUUACUGGUGAAUCAAUCCAAAAAGUUUACAUUCGUUUAUAAGAUAAAGUCGGUUUUUUUACAAUAUAAAUAUUGUAGAUGUUAUUUGGAUUUUUAUAUCACAUGAAUAUUCAACAUUAAUGUUACUUGAAAUUGCAUGUUCUGUGUUGUAAUGAUUUCUUAGUUGACUAGCCAUUUGCUUUAUCAAUAAGUUACCAGGAAGAUUCAAAAUAAUGCAUUUUAUAAUUACGUUCGAUAUUUAUAAAUGUGUCCGAAUCUUUCGUAUUUUUUAUAUUUUUUUAAUUAUGAUAUUCCAUUUUCAUUUCGUUAUAUGAUAUGAAAACAGGGAAUACCUAUAGUAAUUUGUAUUGUAUAAUAUAAUAAUGAUAAUAGCAAUUUGUAUAUAAUCAAUAGAUGUUUUGUUGAGGAAUCAAUCAGUCAAUUUUGUGGAAUUACAUUCUAAGUAUACUAUAUCAUCCUACUAUUAUGAUAAUGUGCUCUAGUAGUGAUUGAGCUUAAUUGUUCGUAGUGGCGCCAUCUAGGACUGCGAUCAGUACUACAGCAUCGCAGUUAUAUUGUAACGCACUGUAAACACAUAUGAACUCAAAUAGUUUGUAAAAUUGUGAUAAUUUGUUGAAGGAUGAAUGAUAUUAAUUUUAAAUAAAUUAUUUAUGUGACAA